AUGACUAUUCCUCGUCUGGAAUUGUCGGCAGCUGUACUAGAAACGAUUAGAAAGGAACUUGAGAUACCCGUAGAAGGAGUGAUAUUUUGGACUGACUCAACAUCUGUGUUACAAUACUUUCGAAACGAAUCAAGACGCUUUCACACCUUUGUGGCAAACAGAAUAGAAAAGAUUCAUGCUGUAUCGGAUCCUUCGCAAUGGCGAUACGUAGACACAAAGUCAAACCCUGCAGAUGAGGGAUCAAGAGGAAUUCAUGCUUGCGAGAUCACUGAGGAUUGCAGGUGGCUUAGAGGUCCUGAAUUCCUGUGGAAGGCAGAUACAGAGUGGCCAAUUAUGCCAGUGAGCAUCGAUAACAAAGAUCUUGAGUUCAAAACUCCACCCGUACAUAGUUUAGCAUGCCGAGCAACAAUGAUGGAUGUAAUAGUUAGGUAUUCAACUUGGACCAAGCUACUGAAGGGACUGGCUUGGCUGCUGAAAUUUAAGAAAUAUCUACUUAACAAGAGAAAGGGAGUCAACGCUGGUACAUUGCCUCAAACUCUGUCACUUAAGGAACUAAAACAGGCAGAAAUGGAAAUAAUUAAGCUUGUUCAGCACCAGGAAUUUGGAGAUAAUCUGUGCUGCAAAAAUCGAGGCAAGUCCAUGCAGAAGCUAAACCCAGUCGUAAUCGAUGGAAUUUUGCGAGUAGGAGGGCGAAUAUGUAAUGCUCCGAUCGACUCCGACCUGAAACACCCCAUCAUUCUACCAAGUAAUCACCAUUUAAUAACUGCAAUGUCGUUGUUGUUUAAACAGGCCACGUUAGAGUAUACAGACAAAAUUGGUAAACUGAGUAAAUUUAGUCGGAAGCAGGUCGGUAGUAUAUGUGUCGAAUGA